UUCAGCAACUGAAGAUAUCAAGCAAACUGGUUUACCUACCAGUUUAUGGAAUCUUUUCUUCUGCCAAUAUAUACAGAAAAAUCAGGCUUAAGCUCUGAAACGCAAUCAAGAUCAUCGGAAACGGGUUAUGAAGCAGAAGACACGGAAAAUCAUAUUAACUUGACAGUUCCCUCGACUUCUGCAGCUGCAAUACCUGCUUUGAAUAAAAAAGCGCAGAAUUCUCGUCGUCAAUCUGCAUCAGACACCGCUUAA